AUGAACCCUGACAACUACCCUUACAACAAUCCGGGACAUCCGUCUUCCGAUGCUGAUUGGGACCCGAUGUCUGCUCACCAAUAUGAAGACACAAGUGAUACUGAUACCGCUUCUGUAGCACCAACAAUCGUCUCGAAUGACACGAUCAACCAUGGUUCCGUACAAAGUGGAUACUCGGCGAGUAUAGCUCCCACUAUCAACUAUGGAGAUGAUAAUGCCUCCACGGUUGCCUCAACUUACAUGGGCGACGGGAACUCAAUUUUUGAUACCCCUUUCCCUACUCAAACAACAGGUAGGGAUACCAGAGGCACUCACGGUCUAGGAUACGCUGGUGCAGUUCCGGAAGUGGACUAUCAAUCUGCUAUUCAAAACUCAGAUGCUGGUCAGAGUUCUUCAGGCCUACCCCCUGAUUUCUUAGCCAGUAAGUUGGGUGAGGACAGGGGGGAGUUAGAUAGACAAUAUGAAGAGGAGGAAAGACAGAGACAACUGAGAUACCUUAAUAAUGAGUCACUGAGGACAGGGAAGUAUCUCUAUGGGAAUACUAAUGAUGUGCGGGAAUAUGAACGUCAACUACAAAAGGAGGAAGACUUACAACAGGCUUUGAAGGAGAGUGAAGCAGAUAUGGAGAGACGGCGAAUACAGGAAAACUACGCAAUGAAUACUCAUCAUGCCAGUGGAAGCAAACAGGAUGAUAGCUUCAUGUUUGAGGAUAAAGAGGAGGAAGGUUUUGAUUGGGAUGAACAAGAGUGA